AUGCCUGACAUUUUCGGCCUCGUAUGCUCUCGCAAAGGCACUUCUAGCGACGCCCACGACAAAUUUCCGCGUAAACAGCUUUUUAUCCUCGCAUUAUGUCGUCUCUGCGAGCCAAUCGCUUUCAUGUCAACGUUUCCCUAUGCAUAUCGCAUGGUAGAGUCAUUCAACAUUACACAGGAUGAGACGCGCAUCUCUGUCUACGCUAGCAUGCUCAUCACCGCUUUCGCCUUUGCCGAAUUCUCUACCGGGACGCUUUGGGGUUCCGCCAGCGACAAGGUUGGACGAAAGCCAGUUCUGAUCAUGGGUCUCUUCGGAACAGCAGUCAGUAUGAUAUCGCUUGGCUUUGCUCGGUCAAUGCCUGCAGCUAUCCUGGCCAGAGCCGUCGGUGGGCUCCUGAACGGCAACUCAGGGGUCCUGCAAACCACCGUUGCUGAAUUGGUCACGAAGAAGGAGCAUCAGCCUCGUGCGUAUUCGAUCAUGCCAUUAGUUUGGAGUAUCGGUUCGAUCAUUGGGCCGGCCAUGGGCGGGGCCUUGGCUAUGCCUUGCGAAUCUUAUCCAUCUCUGUUUCCUCGAGGCAGCCUAUGGGACAAAUAUCCUUUCCUCCUACCUAACCUUGUGUGCGUCAUCAUUCUAUGCAUUGGUAUGGUCUUUGGAACGCUGUUCUUGGAAGAAACCCAUACGAAGCUGAAAGGACAGCGUGACCGGGGUAUGGAACUCGGAAAGUGGCUGUUUGGAAAGCGCAGCUCGCCCAUUCACACCGUCUACAGCUGUACUGAUGCAGAGGAAGCCAUCGAGCCUCCGCCUGGCUAUCGCACCAACGAACAUACGCCCCUCCUGAAGUCCACUUCCGCAGAGGCAGUGGACUUGGAGCUGACCCUGUUGAUGGAGAAGGAACAACUCGGCACGGUGAAGAAGUACAACAAACACGUGGUUUUGAUCAUCUUGGGAUAUGCAAUUCUCGCCUACCACAGUGUGUCUUUCGACGCCUUGAUUCCCACUUUUCUCAGCGAAGAACGAAUGCAGACACCACCGAUGCUCCCUUUCAAGUUUUCUGGUGGUUUCGGCCUUUCGACUCAGGAAAUCGGCGUUAUCCUGGCCGUCGAAGGUGUCUAUACCAUGUUUGCCCAGACGUGGGUCUUUCCAUUUGUCGUCCGACGACUGGGAAAUCUUCGCGCCUACCGCCUGGUCAUGACAGUGUGGCCGCUUCUGUAUCUGGCCGUGCCUUACCUUGUGCUGCUUCCUGAGCACCUGCAAACGCCAGGUAUUUAUCUGUGUCUGAUGACGAAAAUGACUUUCCACGCGAUCUCUUUUCCCUCAAAUGCCAUUCUAUUGGCCAACGCGGUACCAUCGAAGUCGGUGCUUGGUGGCAUCAAUGGGUCAGCUGCUUCGGCGGCCUGCUUCGCUCGUGCCCUUGGACCGAUUGUGACGGGAUCAAUACACUCGGCUGGACUGAAGGCCGGCUUCAGCGGGUUCGCCUGGUGGGCUUGCGCACUAGUCUGUGCCAUCGGAGCUCUGGAAAGCUUCUGGAUGGAGGACUCUGAAGGUCGCGUGGAUCGUCUUGCAGAGGGAGAGGAGCAAAACAGCUGUGAACCCCUCCUGCACUCCGCAGCCAUGGAGGCGAACGAAGACCCCGCCCUGCGAAAGAACAGCAUCGUCUUGAUUGACGAGUUGGAUCUCACGAAAACAACGACACAGGCUGUCGACAGCGAAACUACGCUAAAGAAUUGA